AUGAGGAACGAUCGGCUACGCGAGGAUAACGCGGAAUCGGAACGCAUACGCAACCGUCAGGAUCCUGAAUAUAUGGACUUCACUCCUCUGGUAGUCCUCCAGGAGAGAUUAAACGACCUCGAGACGAAUUACGGUGCCCAGAACCGAAACGAUGCCAAUGUCCUCUCGCCCAGGGUCGCCAGAGUUGCCCCCAUGCCAACAGGGUCAGACGUCAUGCGCCUCCCAUCGAUUAGCUACCAGGCCUCCGCAACCUUCGACAUCUCGGCGCUCCAACUCCCGAACCCCACCGAGACCACGUUCUCCAACGCCGCCGCCGCAGUGGCUGCUGCGGCCCCCGUCGCCGCGGCAUCCGGCGCAGCAGGAUCUGCCUUACGCGUCGCCACCAACUCCGCCUCAUACUCCACCUCGCCCUCUAACACCACCACAUACGCCUCCUCGCCGAUCAGAUACACAGCCCCGCAACCUUCCUUAUACUGCGUAGCCACCACGUCCAGAAACAUGUACCACGGCUCCGGAUCUACCUACAACUCCGACACCGACUCCGCCACCGACUCCGCCGCCAGCACCGAAACCGUCACCGCCAGCGAUCACGACUAUGACGAGAUCCCGCCGUUCCGUCGCCGGGCACUCGCACUCGACUUAAAUAACGACACCGCCGCGGCCAUCGUGGCCUCCGCGCUCGUGCGUCGCCGUGCUCUAGAUGAGGAUGAAGACGAGGACAUGGAUGAGGACACCGCGCCACGCAAGAAGGCCAAGCGGUCGAAUGACAGCGACGACGAAACCGGCAACGGCGUCGGUGGGAACGGUGGUGACACCGAUAUGAUGGAAUACUAG